AUGUCGGUGGAGAACCGGACAGUAGAAGAGUUCUCAGAUACAGCUUUCAGUGCAGGUGGUUUCUUCAAGUCACUCGGCCUCUUCGCAGGAAUUUUCAUGGGUUCGUUUGCCAUGGGCGCCGCCAUGGGCAUCAUUACAGCAAUUAUUACGAAAUUUACUCGUUUGAGAGAUCACCCGCUACUUGAAACAGCUAUAUUCACUCUCAUGUCAUAUAGUUGCUAUCUCAUGGCUGAAGCUGCACAAUUAACAGGUAUUGUUGCUGUUUUGUUCUGUGGAGUGACACAAGCUCACUAUACUUACAAUAAUUUAUCAGAAGAAUCAAAGAGGAGAACCAAGGAGACGUUUGAGUUGCUGAAUUUCUUAGCAGAAAGUUUCAUCUUCUCCUAUAUGGGACUCUCAGUCUUCAAUCAUUCUAAUAAGCAGUUUAGUGUGGGCUUUAUGGGAUCAGCAUUUUUUGGUAUUAUUGUAGGGAGAUUACUGAACAUUUAUCCACUCUCAUUUCUACUUAAUCUUGGAAGGAAAGAGAAGAUUCCGUGGAAUGUACAGCAUAUGCUAUUCUUCUCAGGUCUUCGUGGGGCCAUUGCUUUUGCAUUAGCAAUUCGUAACAAGGCAACCUAUGGGCAGGAACUAAUCUUAACGACCACACUCAUCAUCGUUCUGGUGACGGUCGUGUUCUGCGGAGGGCUGACCACUCAGAUGUUGGCCUGGCUUAAGAUCCGCGUCGGGGUCUCGGACGAUGAUACUAACCAAAAUGCUUUCCAUGCGGGAUCGUCCAUGGCUUAUUCCCAGAUUUCAGAACAGGAGAGUCGACUAAAGAGAAGAAAACAGCAGGCGUGGGUCGUUAGAAAGUGGUACGACUUUGAUUAUAGGUAUUUAAAACCAAUCUUCACAAAGAAGGGUGCUGAUCUGAGAGAAAAUGUGCCAUCAUGCUGCUUGCCUCUUGCAGAAUGUUUAACAGUACAGGACGAUAACCCGAGCAUCAACGACGAAAGCGAUGACGAUUUCAUCCUGGACGAUGACGUCAACAUCAUGCCAGAUACCAACGGUGCAAGCAACGGGCCAGGGGACGACCAGGACCCCCGGACGCUGGAUGAUGAGGGGGUACUGGAGGGGGACCUGGGAUUAGGGGAUCAUCAGCUUAGAACACGGGGGAUUAUUGGUUCCAACGACCCCGCUCCUACCAGGGUAUAACAAGAGUGGAUGAUGAUGUAGAGGUAGAGUUGUUAUGUAAUACAGUCGAACCCUUAGUAACGACUUGUAUAGAAGGGCAACCUGUU